UGGUAUUUCUGUCACAGCAGCACUAGGACGCUAAGACAGCGUCUAUAUUUAUAAAGACACCCACUGGUUGGAGCCCUGGUGGCAAAGUGGUUAAGUGUUUGGCAGCUGCAAUCCACCAGCCUGUCCUUGGAAACCCUAUGGGACAGUUCCACUCUGUCCUAUAGGGUACCGAUGAGUUCAAAUCCACUUGGCAGCAGUGGGUUUGGUUUCUUUUUGGUUUUCUACUGGUUUUUUACUGGUUACUUGAGUGGGUGCUGAGGUUUAAGAACUCCUAAGAGUUGAUCAAAGGACGAGUGUUGAAAGACCUCUAUUUCAUUUCGAUUUGCCAACGAAUUGUUCAUCUGGAGACGUGAGGGGCAUAUCAACCAGAUGCAGAAGAAAGAUCAGUGAAGGAUGGAGGAAGUUACAUGACUAAAUGGAAGAGUGAAAGCUAUGACUUCUCAAAUUAAGAAAAGAGUCACAGUCACACUUCGAAGACUACAGUUCUUAACCCUGGCUGCUUCUUAGAAUCCUCUGAGAUUAAGCUUUUAGAAAAUGCUGAUGCCUGGGCCCUGCUCCAGACCAAUUAAAUCAGAAUUUCUGGGGCUGGAGCCUGGGUAUCUGCAUACUUUAACAGGCCCUGGGCUGACUUGAUGUGCUGCCAGCUGGGGCACCGUGGUUCUAUGACAUGUAAGAACAGCUUGAGUCACAGGCCAUUGGUGACAUCAUAAGCAGCUCAUGUUUGCUUCCAGAUAUUUGAAGACUACGUCUUCUGGGGAAAUGAAGGAUUGGUGCCAUCUUUUUAUCUUGUUUCCAUUUCUUCAGCCACCAUCAUUUGGGUUCACUUCUUUAUUUAUGAUAGCACUAAUAUUACAAAUAAUUUUAUCACCUGAUUUCUUGCCAUAAUUAUGUGGCAGUGUAUCAUUUAGGGCAAAGACCAGAAGGCUAUAUAACCUAAAAUUUGUCAGCUAAAAUUUGGGGCAUAGGGGAGAUGGGCAGGAUAGUAUUUGUGGAAUUUUGUGAUCCGUUGCUUGGCAACCAUACUAAGACAAUUAAGCUUUUGCACUGUGGUGAACCGUUUGAGUUACAAAGUUUGGUGAGCCCAGUCAACGUCUUCUGGCUACCAGAGGGAAAUCACUAAUUAUCAAGAGGGCUUGGAAAGUUCUCAUUCAGAGCAGGCCAUCCAGAGCUAUGUCCCACUACUUCUACCUGACACCGCAAGUCGUUCUGCCCUUCAGCCCUCUGACUUCUGAAGAGUUUGAUCUGAUCCGGCACAAGGCUGGAGCAUCUUGGCAGGAUGAAACGCAGUGGACAAAAUCUUCUCUGACCACGUACACCGGGAGUUACCGGAAGAAAAAACUGGAUGAGUCCACUUGCAGCCGACUGUUCAAAGCAGGACCACAAGAACCUGAGUGUAAACAGAUGUCAUUGCCAAACAGCUCCGCCUAUAAUCCUCCACUCUACCGAGCUGGUACCCAAGAGACUACAGAUGUUAAAGGUCGUGGUGGUGGCAGAGGUGGGGAUGUCAGGCUUUGGGGUCUACUUAGUAAACAAAGGUUUUGGGAUAUGAGUACGUUUCAUUUAUUCAUACUAACGUGGAUUCUGUUUACUACAGACACUUACACCUUGACCGUCUGUCUCUUCUCCCCAGAUGUGAGAAUUAAAAAGCCAGCAUCUGAAAACCUGACGCACUUCACCCUGCGAGGCAAAGGCUUCCUGACCUACUUUCAGGGACAAUGUGAUUCUGAAAGCAAAGUUAGCUCCUCAGAUGACUCAGAAGUUGAUCAAUACUUCGAUUGUGUGCUGGGAGGACCGUUGUCAUCCUUUAGCUGAGCUGGAAACCGAAGCCACCCGCUGCAGGCCCGGAGUUUGCUUAAUAAACGACUUUGAGGUAUGAGAGA